UGCGAUGGAAAGAAGGUUAGGAGUUGGCAAUGGAACGUAUUGCAAUCAGCCGAUAGAUUCGCAAGAGUAUUGUGCCCUUUGGAAAAAGUCAUGGCAGUCAGUGUAGUGAGCGCGCUUUCAUCAAGCUUCGAAUGUCAUAAGUACCCUCGUCAUUGCUUUCUAAUUCUGCCAGUAUAUAUUCUUGAGACGAUCACGGAUCGCAAGUCGAGACAAACGCAAAGCCAGCAGAAUAAUAUAUUGCGAUGAGAGCAAUUUAUCGUGUUAUAAGCAGCAAUCUUCGCCAGUCUGCGAGCAAACAGAAUCGAUAGGAUCAAUCAAACGUGUCUAUCGUGCAGUGGCCGGCAUCCUGCCCUGGACAGGAGAGGAGAAGACCUUCCACCUCCAAGCCACGCAAGCUCACGAGAUCUAUUGGGGAUGGUGACUAGGGAAAUGGCGCAUCUUAGUCCUUGAGCAAGUGAUUUAGACAUGUGAGGACAUGCACAAGGUCAGUCGCCGGGGCAACGGUCCGAGCCCCAAAGUCUUGGACCCAUCAGCAGGCCUCGAGAUGGCCAACACAUCGACCGGUAGCGCACCAGCAACAGAGAGGGCGGCAUUGCUGGAAGGCGAAACUAACAGCAACCCAACCGCUGUGCGCUCUGCUCCUUCCUGGCUCAGCCCAAGAGGAUAUGUGUGGCUGCUGACAUUGAUUUGCGGCACCGGUGGUUUUCUCUUUGGGUAUGACACAGGCGUCAUUUCUGGAGCGCUGCCCUAUAUGCAGGAUGACGUGAUGCUUAGCUGGAUCCAGGGCACCAUCGUGAGCGCGGCGGUGGCCGGCGCGGCCGGGGGGUCCGCGCUGGGGGGCGCCCUCAGCGAUUUUCUCGGGCGCAAAAAGGCGCUGAUGGCCGGCGAUGUGCUGUUCACCGUCGGCGCGCUGCUCAUGUCGGCUGCACCCGACGUGUCUGUCAUCAUUGCAGGGCGUGCUUUGGUUGGCAUUGGGGUGGGCCUGGCCUCCGUGACCGUGCCGGUGUACAUCGCUGAAUCAGCGCCGGCGGAGGUACGCGCGACGCUGGUCACGGUGAACGUUUUCAUGAUCACCAGCGGCCAGUUCGUGGCUUACCUCGCGGACUAUCUCUUCACCUUUGUGCCUGGGACUUGGAGGUGGAUGCUGGGGGUUGCAGCCGUGCCCGCCCUUCUGCAGAUGGUUGGCCUGCUCUUCCUUCCUGAGUCCCCCAGGUGGCUGCUGGCGCACGGGAGGCAGGAGGAGGGCAGGGCAGCUCUGGAGAAGCUGGUGGCCAGCGCUGACGUGGACAAGGAGGCUGCUGACAUCAGCGCCCAGGUGGACAGCGACCGGGCUGCCCGCAUCAGCGUCUGGGCAGCCCUGGGCACGCCCGAACUGCGGGCCCAGCUGCACAUAGGCGUGGGGCUGCAGGUGUUGCAGCAGCUGGCGGGCAUCAAUACAGUCAUGUACUACACGCCUGUCAUCCUCGAGCUGGCCGGCCUGCAUGACAAGCGCACCGCCCUGCUCGUGGCGAUGGCGCCGGCGGCCGUCAAUGCACUGGGGACUGUCGUGGGAAUGGUGGCGAUCGACAGAUGCGGCAGGAGGAAGCUGCUGCAGAGCAGCCUGUGCGCGGUGACACUUGCUCUGCUGCUGCUUGGAGGAGCUUUCAAGGUGUCCGAGUUGCACGCGCCGCCGGUGGCGCCCGGCGGAAGCUGCCCGGCGGCUGCCGCGGCCACGUGCACGCAGUGCAUCCGGCAGGGCUGCGACUUCUGCGGCCCGGCGGCCGACGUGGCGGCGCCGGGGGUGUGCGUGGCGAGGGGCGACGGCUGUCCCUCGGGACCCCCCGACGGGCCCCCCGCUUAUUUCCCCUACACAGCCGGGUGCCCCUCAGGGUUCAUGCCCCUCAUCCUGGGGGGAUUAUUGGUUUACCUGGCCGCCUUCUCGCCUGGGCUCGGCCCCGUGCCCUGGGCCAUAAACGCCGAGAUUUAUUCCCCUCAGGCGCGCCCUUCAAAACCCCCUAACAUCCCUACAACAGGGGGCACUACAGACUACUUAGUGCGCGGCUUCGCCUGCGGCGUGGCGGCGACUGCGAAUUGGCUGACGAAUGCGUUAGUGGCGCAAACCUUCCUCAUGCUGACGGGAACACUUGGCGGCUCGGGGACUUUCUGGCUGUACGCAGCGAUCGCCGCGGCUGGCACUGUGUGGGCGCACUUUGCAGUUGUCGAAACCCAGGGGCUGAGUUUGGAGGAGGUCCAGGAGAUGUUCAAGGCCAGGACUAAGAGGCGGAGAGCUGGCAGCCAGCAGCGGCUGCAGCCCUGAUGCUGUGUAUACUGAUUCGCCCUCUGCAUGCUUGAGAAUUUUUUACUGCCGAGCCCUAACCACAGAGAAUGAAUUCUGUAGCGAGGGAUGCUUGGUUAGACAGAACAGAAUAGAUAGGCCUGCUGCAAAUAUCUUCAUGCCUCCGGGCCCGCUGAGGGACUGCAGGGGAUCAGGCGGAUCAGAUUUAUCCUCUGCGUUUUUAUCUCCAGCUGAUGGUCUCAAUUAUCAUAUAAGUGUUCUGAAUGCACCUUGCAUGGUCC